AUGCCAAAUCGAAACAGAGUUGUCAUAGAUGAACGUCAGAUUACUGUCUUUUUCGAUAUUGACAACACUCUCUACUCGACAAGUGCAAAGAUAUCUCAAGCAAUGGGUGUCAAGAUACACGAUUAUUUCGUCAAACUCGGAUUGAGCGAUGAAGAGGCAUCCGAUUUGCAUCACAAGUAUUACACCCAAUACGGACUUGCACUAGCGGGACUUGUUCGACAUCACGGCCAAUGCUCAUUCAUCUCCGCAGAUCCAUUAGACUUUGACCGUAACUGCGAUCAGGCUUUGCCACUAGAAGAAAUGAUUUUUCCCAAUCCUGUUCAUCGAAAGCUACUCGAAGACAUAGAUCGCUCUCGGGUGCGUGUUUGGGCAUUGACGAACGCGUAUAAAGUGCACGCCGAACGCGUUUUGCGCAUUUUAAAUCUCCGGGAUCUUGUAGAAGGAAUAGUGUACUGCGACUAUGAAGCAAAAGAUUUGACAAGUAAACCUGAACCUGCAUACUAUCGCAAGGCCAUGUCUCUCGCGUCAGUCAUAGAUCCCUCGAAAUGCUAUUUUAUCGAUGACAACUGGCGCAAUGUUCAAGCUGCCCAAAAGAUUGGCUGGGCGCACUGUGUUCACUUCUGUGAACGGGGACUAGAGCACGUCGAGGGAGGCAAAGUAACCAAGAUAUCUUCGACGGCCAAGGCCAAUGUGGAUUCUAAGCAAGAAGAGCAACUAGACAUCAAGGUCAUCAGUGAAUUAGAAGAGCUACGUGAUGUUUGGCCAGAAAUCUUCAAGUUGAACUGA